AUGGCCCCCACCCUCCCCCCCAAGCGCAAGCCCGACGCGCCGGGAAAGUCCUCCUACAACGAUGGCUCCGCGGCCGCCCGCAAACGCGCCAAAACUUAUGACGCCCGCUCGCUGGCGGUGCAGUCGGCCGACGCGGCGCUGUCCGCCUCCGGGGAGCUGGACGUCGCUGCUUAUCUGGAGGCGCGGGAGUUCGAGAUCCGGUCGCUGGAGUCGGGCAUGCAGCGGUCGAAGGCGGCGUUGACGACGAGGGCGUUUCAGCAGGUGCCGCGGUCGCUGCGGAGGAGGACCGCUAGUCAUAAUGUGAAGAGGGUGCCGAGUCGGUUGAGGGCGAGGGCGAAGAAGGAGAUGGCCGAAGACAACACCCCAACAGUAUCAUUCCGCCGCCGCAAACCCACCGAACUCAUGCGCAUCCGCCUCGAAACCGCCCGUCGUCUGCAAAACCUAAACGCCAAAACGAAAGCCAAGCGCGCCUCAGCAAAAGCCCAGCGCGACAGCGAGACGCGCAAAGAGCUCGCCUCAACCGGCAGCCACGCAUUCGACAUCGCGCCGCGCGUCCCCAAAAUCAAGAAAAACAAGCUCUCGCGGCCGCCGGCGCCGGAGUCCAAAUACAAGAAGCGCCAGCGGUGCAAGACGUGGCUGCCGACCCACAUGUUCCAUGCGAAGCGGGCGCAUAUGGCGACGUCGAAGGAUCCGCUGUGGCGGUUUGCGUUGCCGUUGUCGCCGACGGAGAAGAGUUAUAGGCCUUCUCAUCGGGCGAGGGGCGCGAGGGCGCUGUUGCAGAGUGCGUUGCGUGCUGUUGGGGUGGAUGGGGAUGAUGCGUGGGGGGUGAAGGGUCGGAAGUGGAGGGCGGGGACGAGGAGCUUGAGGGCUUGGGUGUUUGAGAGUGGUGGGUUGCAGAGGCCGAUUGCGCCGGUUACGCUGGUGCGGUGUGCGGAGGUUAACUCUGAGGAUGUGGAGAUGGUCGAUGCAGGUGCUGAGAAAGAUGCGAAAGCGAAGGCCAAAAAGAAGGUCUUUAUCAGGGUCCACCCGUCUGCGUUUUUGCAGCUGUGGAACGAACUGUUGGAGGUCUCGAAGAAGCAGAAUCCUCCCGUCAUGGUGGAAGACCUCCGUUUCGAGAUCGGCAGUAUCGACAUUACAGGUCCUGGGUCGACAGAAGCUUUGAUUUCGGCUUUGAGACCGCUGGGAAUGGACGGGAAGCAGGUGCCGAUGGACAGCGUGGAAGCUACCUGGAGAUCUUUGCUAGGGGUGUCUAACCCUUCAUCUCUCCCGCUCAAUGCCCUGCUCGGUUUCUCUAUAUCCGAUCCCCGCCUGCACUUCCCGCCCCAGAGCCUGAAACCCCCGUCCGCCGACUCCAACAUGGAGAACCUAGCCAUCUUGCUAUCCUCCUGGACACCCGAUCGCACCCAACAAACCCCCGCACUAUUCGACCGUCGCGCACGGUUGGCAGCAGCCCGCCAACUCCCCAGCCAAAAAGCCAUAAACCGGCGCCGCACCGAAGCAGGACCAGGCGAGCUCCCGACCCCAGUCGAAUCCGACCCACGCAUACCAGUCAUGGUCCUCACCUCUCGGUCCACCACCCAGUCCAAGAACAGCAACGCCCCAGGUUACUGGACCAUCCUCCUCCCGUGGAAGUGCGUCACUCCCGUAUGGUACUCGCUCAUGUACCACCCGCUCUCCAGCGGCGGCAAUCCCCGGUUCGGCGGAUUAAAAGAGCAACAGCAGCUCGCAUUCGAGGGCGGAGAACCUUGGUUCCCGGGCGACUUUCCCGGCACGCAAGCAGGCUGGGAAUGGGGCCUCCGCCAGCGCGAAGAAGCUAAACAGGAAUGGGAGCGUCGGCCUAAAGGUCGACGGGUUGAGUUCGCGAGUCUGGAUCUGGGGAAUGGACAGAAGGGGGAAAUCGGCCGUGGUUGGGCGUGUGACUGGGAGAAGCUCCUGCAAAUCGCCAGAAGCAGAGGCAGAGACCAACAUCGCAAAAGACCCCCCGCCGCCACAACGCUCCCGCUAAACAUCACCCAACUCCCCCCCACCAAAGCCACCCGCGCCAUCCACGAUCCGUCCUCCACCCCCAUCGACGCCUCCUCCCUCGCAACAGUGCGAGUAUCCCUCCUCAACCGCGGCACCCCUACACCCCGAGCCCGCAUCUACCGCCUGCCCACGACCAACACCGAGCUGCGCCAGCAAUGGCUCCAACUCGCCUCGAAGCCCUCAACAAACAACCCCUCACAUCCUACUCCCAACAACGAAAACCAAGAAAACGAGCGCUCCCGCCUCGCAGCAUCCCUAAUCACCCCUCUCCACCCCGAAGACACACCCCAACAAAACCACCUCCCGCUCCCCACGGAAGAAGACCUGAUCGGGUUCGUCACGACGGGUAACUAUAACCUGUCUGAGGGCAAGGGGACGGGUAUUGGCUCGAUACUGGUGUCGAGGGUUAUGAGGGGUUCGGAGAAUUUCCCGGCGGGGGCGAAGGCGAAGAAGAGUAGAGCUCGGGAGGUGAAUAUGUGUAUUGUGAGGGCUGCUGGGGAGACCGUUGGGAGGUUGGGCAGGUGGGAGGUUGUUUGAUACAUGGAUGAAAUGGAGUGUUGGUUGAUAUGGUAUGAUAUGAUAUGAUGGUGAUGUAGCUGCCUGGGUACCUAUAAGUAGGAAAUCUGCGUGGUGGAUAGGAUGGGAUAGGAUGUUGGUGUUGUUGUUGUUG